AACGCCGCAACCUACACCACCCCCAAAAACUUCAAUAAUCCUGUCAAAAUGCCCAAAUCGAAGCGCGCGAAGGUCGUACACCUUACCAAGACGGACAAGAAGGGCAAGGAGCUUUCCUUGAAGCUGUUUGCCAAUGUCCAGGAAGCCGCCGAUAACUACGAGCACGUCUUCGUUUUUGCAGUGGAAAACAUGCGCAACUCGUACCUGAAGGAUGUGCGCGCAGAGUUUUCAGACAGCCGAUUCUUCUUCGGCAAGACCAAAGUAAUGGCAAAGGCGCUCGGCCAGACGCCAGCAGAGGAGCACCUAACCAAUCUCUCCGAGCUUACCAAACACCUCAAUGGCAACGUUGGGCUCCUAUUUACCAGUCGCGACCCCAGCGAGAUUAUCGACUACUUUUCUGCCUACUCCAAAACCGACUUUGCGCGUGCCGGUGUUGUCGCUACACAGACAUUUACAGUACCUGCCGGUGUGGUUCACUCAAGAGGUGGGGAGGUGCCUGAAGACGAGGAUGUACCGCUGCCGCAUAGCAUGGAGACCACCAUCAGGAAAUGGGGUAUGCCGACAAGGCUCCAACAAGGAAAAAUUGUCUUGGAUGCUCCUUACACGAUUGCCGAAGAGGGAAAGGUCAUGAACAGUCAUCAGACAGCGCUACUGAAGAUGUUCGGUGUAGCCAUGGCUGACUUCAAGAUCGACCUCAAGGCCUACUAUUCCAAGGCCACCGAGUCGGUGACCGAGGUUGGCGCCAUGGAGGAAUAA